AUGUUUCGAUUGACAAGUAAGCGCGUGCGUCCGUUGGCAUUUGCAGCAGCUGCGAUGGCUGGUGCAGUGGUAGUGGGUGUUAAUGCUCUUGGCCACCGUGGCGGUCACGUGUAUAACGACGGAAAUACGACCCUGGCACGUGUUUUUGAGAACUUACCUCCGCCACCGUCGAGGAAGGCGUUGUUGGAGAACCUCCAGAAGACUGAUCAGUUUGAUGUGCUAGUGAUUGGAGGGGGUGCUACUGGUGCUGGGUCUGCGCUUGAUGCGGCGACUCGAGGCUUGCGGGUUGCGCUUGUUGAGAAAGGCGACUUUGCUAGCGGAACUUCAUCCAAGUCGACAAAGAUGGCGCACGGAGGAGUGCGGUACUUAGAAAAAGCAUUUUGGGAGCUAUCUAAGGCGCAGUUGGACUUGGUGGUUGAGGCCUUGAACGAGCGGGCGCACAUGUUGCAUACGGCGCCUCACCUUUGCAAGGUGUUGCCAAUCAUGAUUCCUGUGUAUAAAUGGUGGCAGGUGCCCUACUUUUACGUUGGUACGAAAAUGUACGACUUUUUUGCUGGGUCUCAGAACCUCCGGUCCUCCUACUUGUUGUUUAAGUCAUCUGCUGCUGCGGUUGCGCCAAUGUUGGAUGCAUCCAAGCUAAAGGCAGGUUUAGUUUAUCACGAUGGGACAUUCAAUGACUCACGUAUGAACUCUACGCUUGCAAUUACAGCCAUUGAGAAUGGUGCCACUGCUUUAAACUACAUGGAAGUGAAGCAGUUGUUGAAGGAUGACAAUGGUAAAGUGAUGGGUGCAGUAGCCGUUGAUUUGGAAACGGGCCUUGAGUAUGGAAUCCGUGCGAAAGUUGUGGUUAAUGCGACCGGUCCCUACUCCGACCGCUUGUUGCAGAUGGACAAGGAUCCUCGCGGCCUACCAGACAACAGAGCUCUAGAGAAACUUAACGAGCAUGCCACUAUUGCCACAAAAGUUGCUGUAGAUAAUCCUAACAUGGUGGUGCCCUCAGCAGGUGUUCAUGUGAUUUUACCAUCUUUUUACUGUCCUAAGAACAUGGGUUUGUUGGAUGCAGAAACUUCAGACGGCAGAGUUAUGUUCUUCUUGCCUUGGCAAGGUAAAGUGUUGGCUGGUACCACCGAUAUUCCAAUGAAAACUGUUCCAGAGAACCCUACCGCAACAGAAGCGGACAUCCAGGACAUUUUGAAGGAAUUGCAGCACUACGUCAAGUUUCCUGUUAGACGUGAAGAUGUGCAAUCUGCAUGGGCAGGCAUUAGACCUUUGGUUAGGGAUCCAAGAAAGAACGCUGAAGAUACUCAGGAUUUGGUCAGGUCACACUUCUUGUUUACCUCAGAUGCCGGAUUAGUCACUAUUUCAGGUGGUAAGUGGACUACUUACAGAGAGAUGGCUGAAGAAACUAUUGAUGAGGUUGUUAAAGUUGGUAAGUUUGUUAACGCCAAGCCAUGCAUUACCAAGAAAUUGAAAUUGUCUGGUGCUAACAAUUGGAACGAAAACAUGCCAGCUUUGUUAUGUCAAAGAUACUCUAUGCCCACUUACAUGGCAGAGCACUUGUCAAACAACUACGGUACCAGAGCUUCCAUCAUCUGUGAUCUUUUUGAACGUGAGAAAGAUAAUAAAAAGCCAGUUGUUUUAGGAGCCCCAGGAAAAGAGCUACAAGUAGAUUUCAACACUUUCCACUACCCAUACACCAUAGGUGAGUUGAAAUACAGUGUCCAAUAUGAGUACGCAAGAACUCCGUUGGACUUUUUGAUGAGAAGAACAAGAUAUGCAUUCUUGGAUGCCAAACAUGCCCUAGAAGCUGUUGAAGGCACUGUUAAGGUGAUGGGUGAUGAACUAGGUUGGGAUUCUACUAGGCGUGAAAGGGAGGCAGCAUACGCUGUUGAAUACAUCAAGACAUUUGGGCUGUAA